AUGUCUCUCUCACGCCAUGUCAACCCAGAAGACAUCAUCCAGCACCUCCAAAACCUACGCAUCCCCGCCGAGAGCGGCAGCUCGACCGGGCAGACCGCGCACCUCACCCCCUUCUCCACCCCCUACGCCAGCCAGCGCGACAUCCCCAAGUACCAGAUCCCGCGGGACGGCGCGCCCGGCGACACGGUGUACGAGAUGCUCAAGGACGAGCUAGACCUAGACGGGCGCCCGAACCUGAACCUGGCCAGCUUCGUCGACACGUACCUCGAGGACAACGCGCAGCGGCUGAUGGUGGAGAACAUGGGCAAAAACCUGGCCGACAACGACGAGUACCCGGCCAUGCUGUCCAUCUCGAACCGCUGCGUGUCGAUCCUGGCGCACUUGUGGGGAGUGCAGAAGGGCGAGAAGGCCGUGGGCUCGCCGACGGUGGGCUCGUCCGAGGCGAUUCAUCUGGGUGGGUUGGCGAUGAAGAGGAGGUGGCAGGAGAGGAGGAGGGAGAAGGGGCUGGAUACGUUGAAGCCGAAUAUUAUUAUGGGGGCGAAUGCCCAGGUGGCGUUGUUGAAGUUUGCGAGGUAUUUUGAGGUCGAGGCGAGGGUACUGCCUGUGUCGGAGAAGAGCAAGUUCUGCUUGGAUCCGGAUUUGGUGAGGGAGAAUGCGGAUGAGAACACGAUCGGGGUGUUUGUUAUUCUGGGGAGCACGUAUACGGGGCAUUUCGAGCCUGUGGAGACGAUAAGCAAGAUACUGGAUGAGUACCAGGAGAAGACGGGCGUGGAUAUCCCGAUCCAUGUGGAUGCUGCCAGUGGCGGGAACUUUGAGCUUCCUCGCGUUGUCUCGAUCAAUGCCUCAGGUUACCACCUAGACCCCCAGCCCCCGUUCAACCUCCCACCAACAACUAACAACAACCUCCAGGCCCACAAAUACGGUUCUCAGUCCUACACGCUCAACUUUCUCUCCCGCCCCGGCGCCCAGGUCGUCGUGCAGUACUACAACCCUCAUCCACCUCGGCUUUCUCGGGCUACCGCGAGGUCAUGGAGAACUGCCUCGCCAACGCGCGCAUCCUGUCGCAAAGCCUCGAAGCCACCGGCUGGUACACCUGCGUCAGCGAGAUCCACCGGGCCCGCACCCCCCUCCACCAACAACAACAAACCGGAAAACCAAAACGAAACCUCCGCCUCCUACACGGCCGGCCUCCCCGUCGUCGCCUUCCGGCACACCGACGCCUUCCGCGCCGCCUACCCGCACAUCAAGCAGGAGACGGUGUCGCUGCUGCUGCGGGCGCGGCAGUGGAUCAUCCCCAACUAUGCGCUGCCGCCGCACGAGGACGGGACCGAGAUCCUACGCGUGGUGAUCCGCGUAAAUAUGAGUUUUGAUCUGCUGGAGCGGUUGGUGAAGGAUGUGGUGCAGGUGACGGAGCGGUUGAUGGAGAGGGAUGAGGUGGAUUUGUCGGUUUUGCACCAUCAUGGGGGGAGGGGGGAUGGUGGGAGGGAGGGGGAGAAGGUGAAGGGGAUUCAUCGGUCGGUUUGUUAA